GGAAGAGGACGCAGCGUGUCGGAACUGUAGUGGGUGCUGAAUCAAUAACAUUAGUGUUUUAGGCAUGGUGGUGGAGCUUAAUAAUGUUGUUGACUAGCAGACAAACAUAGCGACUGAAGCGAAGGUUUGCCACUGUCUAAUGAGUUUGAAGUCGGUCACUACAGCCUCGCGUUUUGGAUUCAGAUUCCAUGCAAACACAUUAAAGUAGUGCAGCUCAUCGUACGCUGGUCCAGAGUCAUCAUGGGGAAUGGAAUGAAUAAGGUCGUCGAUGGGCUCUACCUUGGGAAUAUAAGAGAUGCAGAAAACAGAGAAAGUCUCUCCAAGAAUGGCAUCACCCACAUCCUGUCUGUGUACAACAAUGCUAAGCCUGUUUUUGAGGACAUGACAUACCUCUGUAUUCAUGCAGCUGAUGCUUCUAGCCAGAACCUACUACAGCAUUUUAAAGAGUGCAUCAGCUUCAUCCAUGAGUGUCGCCUGAAUGGUGGAUCUUGUCUUGUUCACUGUCUUGCAGGUGUGUCCCGCAGCACUACCAUGGUGGUGGCCUACCUGAUGACUGUCACACACUACAGCUGGGAGGAGUGUCUGUCCGCCGUCAAGGCUGUUCGCUCUUUUGUCGGCCCCAACUAUGGCUUUCAGCAGCAGCUGCAGGAGUACCAGACGACACAAGUCUCAGAGUACCGAACCUGGUUACACUCCAGUUUCCGUCCCAGUCCAUUCAAUGACCAGGAGCAGGUGGGAGCCCUGCUCAGCCAGUACACAGAGCAACAGGCGAGCCAGAGGAGAGGAGCAGACCAGCGCUGGAUAAAUCAGGGUGUAGGUGUCUGUGCUCUGCCCUCCGAUCCUGAUGAUCCUGAAGGCAGCAGCUGAAACAUGGGCCUCUGGCCAUGCCAAAGUCCGUCCCAGUUCUGUCUUGAAAUGGCAGUAGCUUUUAUUCUGUACUCAAUUCCAAAUCAACCCUUAAAUUAUAUCCAACUUUAACUUUUGUAUAACACUGAAAGCAUAGGUUGAAACAAAUGCCCCCUUAUAAGCCUUUUUUUGUUUUUAAAUUUUCUUUAUUUCCAUGUGUCAUAGUCAUUUCUAAGCAAUUAAGGUUGAUUUAGAAUUGGUCUACAGACUCUUGUACACUAUCAGUACCCCCCAAGCUCCACAGUACAGCCACAACAGAGGUAUCGGUGCUCACAGAUGCCUUACUCUAAACACCUCUGCACCUUAGCCAUGAUGAAUACACUAUACUUCCAUGUGGUCACUUUACAUCUGCAAUGUUCGGCUUGGUAGCCUUAAAGAUGUGACUUUUAUUAAUGCUGUCUUAAAGGAACAUUUUGCCUUUAAUUAUGUGGAUGACCAGUAUGUGCUGGUGGAUGAAAUCCACCUAUUUGACAAAAAUUAUUCUGACCACUUAUUCUAACAUGUACCAGUUUGUAGUCCUGUCUGGGUUCUGAAUGGUAAACUCUUUAAUAAACUCUGCAGCUUGGGAAGUUAGCAUGCUUGCCAGGCUAACAGCAUAAAAUUCAUGCAUAUAAAAAUCAUGUACAUCCUAUUGAAAGCAAACGCUACUGCUUGUCAAAUGUUUAGACACAAUUGACACUAGAGCUGUGUCGAAAAAAACGAUUCUCCUAUUCUGAAUCGAUUCUCAUUUAAUUUUCUAAAGAUCGAUUCGUACGUGUUUGCUUAUGAAUACGCGUCAUCGAAUUCACGCAUGCGUGCGUGGUGUGAAGCUACCAAACAAUGAACAUGGCGUCCGACGUAAUUUAGUAAUGCCCAAGUUUGCACUUUUUUAUUUUUAAAGUUAACUAAGCAUUGCUUACUGUCUGACGAUGUUCGCUGUUUGGCAGCGUCACACUAUGCGCAUAUGUGUGAAUUCGAUGACGGGAAUUCGCACCUUGCACAACAUGGCGACCACUAACGUUGGAGCUUGAGUGUGUGGGCCAGUACUUCCCGUCAAAACUUCUGGUGACAUUUUUUCUCUAACGUCAGCGGUCGCCAUAAUGUGCAAGGAGCGAAAUCGUACGCAAGCACGUACGAAUCUAUCUUAAAAUAAAAUGAGAAUCGAUUCAGAAUAGGAGAAUCACGUGUACACUGCAUGUACCGCUGAAAUACACAAUAACUAAAUACUGGUCAUGGUGUCGUUGGCAGAUCGCUCAUCGCAGAUCGUUCGCUAGCCACUUACACAUGUUAAAACACCGGUAAAUAUAUUACUGUUGCACAUCACUGCCACAUUGUGAACAGCAUCUGUUUACACCCAGUUGGAUACUGUUCUUUCUUUCCAGUUGGUACUUUACUUUUUCAUUUGGUUCAGUCUUUUUUAAAAAUUUUCGAGCCUUGUAUACACUAUUUGUACCAAUGUCUGCUACAGAGUCUGGCACAAACAAUGCCACAGUGGAAUAUAGUGACCUGUUGGAUAGCUGGGAAGAAAAACCUGUGAGAUGGCUCUGUCCCAGCCAACAAAACUGUUGCUGAUUUAUUUCUUACCAGGCAAAGAGGUCAGAAGACAAAAAACAAAACCCUUUGUUGUCUCUCCACCAUCAACUGAUAUUAUAUAAGCCAGGGGUGACAUUUGCUAGUAAACUAUGCUACUUCAGUCGGCUACAGAGUUGUAGAGAACAUUGGUUCAUAUCAUGUCCAUUUAAAAACAUGCACCUAGGAGUAUCAAAAUUGGCUAAAGGUUCCUUUAAUUAACAUGACAUAACAGGUUAAACUGGGGAGCUACAUCAAGUAUGAUGAGCUGAGUAAAUCUGUAGCUACACAUGAAGGAUCUCUGCAAGUCUUCCUUAUUAUACCGAAGCUCUGAUUUAUCAUUUUAUUGUGACAAAAUUGAUUGAGGGAAUCUGUGUUUUAAAUUUCUGGGUAACUUUUAUUUUUUUUAAAUUGUAUAUUUAUGGAGGGGUUUUUUGUUUGUUUUGUUUUUAUAAUAAAAUGCAGCGAUUGACAAAAUAUUUGGAAAUGCUAAUAAAUCUGUAAGAUCAA